GGCGCCGCGCUGGUCCCGGCUCCCGGGGCCGCCGUGCGCCAUGGCGGGCGGCGGGGCGCGGGCUCCGCGGGGCCCCGAGGCGCGCCUCAGCCUGGCCGCCUUCCUGCUGGGCGCGUCGGUGCUCGCGCUGCCGCUGCUCACGCGCGCCGGCCUGCAGGGCCGCACGGGGCUGGCGCUCUACGUGGCGGGGCUCAACGCGCUGCUGCUGCUGCUCUACCGGCCGCCGCGCUACCAGAUCGCCAUCCGCGCCUGCUUCCUGGGCUUCGUGUUUGGCUGUGGCCUGCUGCUGAGUUUUAGCCAGUCUUCCUGGAACCAUUUUGGCUGGUACAUGUGCUCUCUGUCUCUGUUCCACUACUCCGAGUACUUGGUCACGGCCGUCAACAACCCCAAGAGCCUGUCACUGGACUCCUUCCUCCUCAACCACAGCCUGGAGUACACGGUGGCCGCCCUGUCUUCCUGGAUUGAGUUCACCCUGGAGAACAUCUUCUGGCCGGAGCUGAAGCAGAUCAGCUGGCUGAGCAUCACGGGGCUGCUGAUGGUGGUGUUUGGGGAGUGUCUGCGGAAGGCUGCCAUGUUCACGGCGGGCUCCAACUUCAACCACGUGGUGCAGAACGAGAAGUCCGAGACCCACACGCUGGUGACCAGCGGCGUGUACGCGUGGUGCCGGCACCCCUCCUACGUCGGCUGGUUCUACUGGAGCAUCGGCACGCAGGUGGUGCUGUGCAACCCGCUGUGCGGCGUGGCCUACGCGCUCACCGUGUGGCGCUUCUUCCGGGACCGCACAGAGGAGGAAGAGAUCUCGCUCAUACACUUCUUCGGGGACGAGUACCUGGAAUACAAGCGGCGGGUGCCCACGGGCCUGCCCUUCAUCCGGGGUGUCAAGGUGGACCUCUGACCCACGAGGGCGGGCCCCACCCUUCCGAGGACCACCCAUCUGCCGUGCCACCCCCUGCUCUCCUGAGGAACCACCUAGAGGCCAGGGUCCGAGAGAGGCGCGGCCGGGCCGUCUGCAGGGCCGGGAUCCCAGGUGGCCCGGAGCAAACGUAGCAAUAGCCUCGGGGCCCCGGGUGCCCCGGCCCCCGCACUCCUGAGCCACUGUGUGCUGCCGACUGACCCCCCUGCCCGCGGGCACGAGGCGCACGACACUCGCGUCCCCCCCACAUGGCGGCUCUCCCCUCACGGCUCAUCCUCACGCACAGCGGGCCGUGGUCUGGGGACGGGCGCGUCCUCGGCAGAGCCACGCGGCUCCCCCGUUCCCAGCGCGUUUACUCAUCCGGUUUAUAUCAGUAGCAGCACGGAUGCACGUGGACGCCACAUUUCAGAACAUGCCGCUCUGUCCGGAGAAAGACCGUAAACGCCACGGGGUCAGCCGGCCCGAGGGCAGUGCCCACGGAGACUCCGUUGUGAGGGGGUCUCCGGCACGGCAAACACCCUCCUCCCUUUCCCGAGCAAAGCUUAGGAGCCCCUGCUGUGCUGCACCCCUCCCCCAUGCCCCCCGCCCUCAUACACGAUGCGUUUUGAUGCGUUUUCCAGCCAUCCGCGUACCCUCCUGCGCGCUCGCUCUCCCAAAGGGAUCCUGGCGUUUGCAGCCGCACCCCGCAGGUCUGCCGGCAUCUUUGGUUCUGUUUUCCAGUUUGGGGCUGAGUUGGGUUUGGUUUGGUUUUGCGAGGGAAGGUGUCGGGGUCCGUGGGGGGGCCCUCUCCAGCAUCCCCGCGUGCGAUACGAGCCCCACUAGUGCAGGGAAUCGAGGUGGGGGGGGGUCUCGAGCCGGGGGGCGUGGCUGGCGCUCUGAGAGCGGCUCUAGCUGUGGACCGGAGAGGACCAGGCGGGCCCCCCGGCGACUCCUGCGUGCCGGGCAAGCACUCUGGCCGGAGCCCCGCGGGGCCGCCACCAGGAGAGCCACUUACCUUUCCGUGCCUACACGUCCCCAUCUGCGGGAUGGGGGUGAUACCACCUACCUCACAGGGUGUUGCGAAGACUCGGAAGGACAGUGUCCAGGCUGUGACCCCAAAGCCGGGGCCCGUGGGAGGCCGCCCGGGCCGGCUGGACUGUGUCUGCGUUUCCUUGGACGCGGCGACAGCGCUUGUGUGGCUUCCUCCUUCGUUGUGCAUACCAAAGAGGGUCACGGGGCUGCGGGCAUGCUGCUGGGCACCAGGCGAGGAGCGGGCCACGAGGGUGGGAGCUCAGGGCGGGAAGCGGGGCACUGGGGUCCCUCCGGGCAGGGCACUUCUGGUACUGAAAUCUUCAGGUUACUUGUAAAGCAGAGAAUCGGGCUAACGAGGUACAGGCUUUGGGGGUACACCCAGGAGCUGCUUUGCCUGUUUACCUCACGGGAAACCGUCUCUUGAGAGUUUUCUGCACUGUAGGCCCUGCCCAGAACCAGACUACGGGGGGGGGCGGGGGGUUCGCACCAGCGCAGCUCGGAGCAGAGACGCAACGCCCCGCACCCCCUUCCUGGUCUGCGCAUCCCGGGCCCCUCCACAGCGCGGUUAGAUUAGAGUCCCCGGGUCCCUGCUCCUGCCCCAGGGGCCGCUGACCCCCAGGCACUUCCCUGCGGCCUUAGCGCACUGCGGUGGCCAGGCCACCCCCAUGGGGGUCCCAAGCGCUUGCUUUUGAGGAAGCUGCCCCAUAGCUAGGAGAGUAACAGUUAAUGGAGUAAUUCUUCUACUCUUCUUUUUACAUGCAGAAAUGUUUAUUUAAAUAUUUUAAAUGGAAUUUUCUUUCACAGAUACUGACUAUUCUUUCCAAUUCUUAAAAUAAAAUGUACUUGAUUUCA